AUGAUCUUGUUUUUCAUUUUAUAUUGCGGCUCGGGCGCUGCCGCAGAUGAUAAUCCAAAAAUAUUGAGCAGAGAUGGAAGUUUACAAUUUCUUGCUGGCACGGGGAAAAAUAUUUCAUUUUCUGCUGGUGAGGGAGCCUCAGUUUGGGUUGGCGAAGAAGACAUUAUCUCCGCUCUUGACGAUUUUCGUCGAGUUGAGCAAAGCGUGAACUCCUUGAAACAGAAGCUAGAAACUGAUAAUUGCGGCAACAACCCCUGCUACAAUGGAGCUGCGUGUGUCUCUGUCUAUGAAGGCUACUACUGCGAUUGUCCAAGUUACUACACCGGGAGAACAUGCAGAGAAGAUUAUAACGAAUGUGCGGAUUCUGUUAUGGCUGAAAAACUCUGUCUGAACGGUGGCACGUGCGAAAACCAAACUCCUGGUUAUUCCUGCGCAUGCACAGCAGAAUACGACGGCAGUCAAUGCGAACGCGCCUUCGACGAUUGUGCCGAUGAUUUGACGAAGUGUGACAAGGGAAUUUGCGCGGAUGGAAUAAGAAGCCAGGCGGAUGUUGCCAAUUUCACAUGUAUCUGCAACGCGGGCUGGCAAAAGACUGACGACGGCAUUUGCUCGGCAGAUAUCAAUGAAUGUUUGAGCUCACCAUGCUCUGUUGGUGUGCAGUGCUACAACACACCAGGCAGCUUCUUUUGCGGCCCCUGUCCUCACGGAUAUCAAGGCAAUGGCUUGCGAUGUGAUGAUCUGAACGAAUGCCUUACCAACAAUGGUGGAUGUUCUACGUCUCCACUUGUCCAAUGUAUCAAUACAGUCGGUUCCUUUUCUUGCGGUCCUUGUCCACCUGGUUAUACUGGCGAUGGCUUCACUUGUGAUCCGACGUCUCCUUGUAUGGUCCAAAAUGGCGGCUGCUACCCCGACGCGACCUGUACGCCCGCUCCUGAACUCGGGCUCAACGGAGUCACUUGCGACUGUCCACCCGGGUACUACGGUAAUGGUUUCGGACCAGAGGGCUGUCAGCCUUUGCCACCCUGCGCAGAGACUUGUCAAAAUGGUCUUUGUUUCAUGAACGAAGUGUGUGUCUGUUUCGAAGGAUGGACGGGUCUAUCCUGCGAUGUAAAUAUCAAUGAUCAAAUUUGCGAGUCUAGACCCUGUGCUAAUGGAGGUCAAUGUAGAUCCAGUGAGCUUGAAUGGUGGUGCGAAUGCCCUGCUGGAUGGGUCGGUGAAACUUGCGAGGGACAAGCAAACGAAUGUGGCGGAACAUACACUGUCAACUCUGGCAACAUUGGAUAUCCCCUCUCUUCUGGCAAUUAUCCACACAAUGCUGAAUGCCUCUGGACUAUCCAAGUCAACAGAGGAGUAGGAGUGCAUUUCCACUUUGAUCAAUUCUCUCUUGAAGGGCCUUACCCCUCGUGUCCUUUUGACGGACUUAGAAUUUAUGACGGACCAAGUGUCGAGUACGGACAGCUUCUUGGAGUUUGGUGCGGAGAUAAUGCCCCUGUGGAUGUAUUUUCUUGCUCGAACUACGCCUUGCUAGAUUUUUACUCUGAUUCAUCUGUGAACGCUGGAGGCUUCCGAGUUCUUUUUGAGCAAUAUGAUCUAACCGGUGAGGAUUGCGGUUGCGGUGGCGCAUUCAUCGACGUCGAAAGUGGUACCUUAUCAUCACCAAACUAUCCUUUGGGUUAUCCGACCAUGGCGGAAUGUUUCUGGACAAUUUCUGUUCAACCUGGGUUUGUGUUGAGCCUUGCUUUUGAUGCCGUGCAGCUGGAAGUAACGACAAAUUGUAUGAACGAUUGGGUGGAAAUUCGCGAUGGCCUGUUGCCAUACGAUCCUGUUUUGGCGAAAGUCUGCAGUUACGAUCAAGUCCCAUCCAAUUUGAUAACUUCUGGUCCAGCAGCACAUGUGCAUUUCCAUUCCGACGAUAAUCAAGCUGAAGAUGAGCAGGGAUUUGCAAUGUAUUGGACAAGAAUAAGUGAUCCUGACAACUGUGGUGGUGUGCUUACCGAUGGCGCAGGUAGUAUUAUGUCUCCGGGAUAUCCACAAACCUAUGGAGUGGGCCACACUUGCUAUUGGACUAUUGUUGGAGUUCCAGGUGAUCAGAUGGCACUUCAGUUCACAGAUAUCGAUAUUGAAAACAGCGCGAAUUGCCAAUUUGAUUACGUUGAGAUCUUUGAUGGGCCAGCUGAAGACUCGCCUACUUUAGGAAGAUUCUGCGGAUUGACUAUUCCAAGCGAGCUUGUCACAUCUCAAUAUCAAAUGUUUGUCGCUUUUGUCACCGACGACAGUAUUCAUGGCCGUGGAUUCUCUGCCGAUUACUACACAAAAUGUGGCGGUACUUAUACUCAGAACAACACUUAUAUCAGCAGCCCUGGUUUCCCGGGAGUUUACGAUCACGAAGUCGACUGCAUUUAUAAUAUCAUUGCUCCAGAGGAUUUCGUUAUUACUCUGACAUUCAAUUAUUUUGACGUGGAAGGCAUCGAUAAUGGCGGUAAUAACAUUUGCUUCUUCGAUUGGGUGGAAGUUAGAGAUGGAAAUACGGCGACAUCGCCAGUUCUCGGCCGCUUUUGCGGUCCUCAAACACCGGAACCACUUCAAUCAACCGGGCAGUACAUGUACAUUAAUUUCAAAACCGAUGCUUCUCUCAGCGGUGAUGGCUGGCAAGCAGUUGCGACCUUUGACGAUCUAGGGACUGGUGGUUGUGGCGGUGUUUUCACAGCUGAAACUGGUCAAAUCUCCUCUCCUGGGCAUCCGAAUCCCUAUCCUCAUGGUGCCAACUGCACGUGGUAUAUAAACGCGCCUUCUGGAGACGUCGUUCAGCUAGAGUUCAACAGUUUCUCAUUGGAAGCUGCAACUGACUGCCGAUGGGACUAUGUGGCUGUUCAUGACGGCAUGCAUCCGACAGACGAUAACGAGAUUGCCAAGUAUUGUGGCAAUGACAUCCCUUCGCGACAAUACUCGACUCAAAAUCACAUGGUCGUCAGAUUCGUCAGUGACAAUUCAAUCCAGGGUUCGGCUACAUACACACUUCUGAACGCUACUCAGCAAUGUGGAGGAACUAUUGACUCUCCAUCAGGCGAGCUAGUUACUCCUGGAUUUAUCUCAGAGAGCAAUUAUCCGACUUCACGAGAUUGUACCUGGCUGAUUAAUGCUCCAGCGCAGCAGCAGAUUUAUGCCCAGUUCAAUUAUUUCCAGCUCGAAGGUGGUGCAAAUUGUCCUUACGAUUACGUUGAGCUGCGAAACGGCGAGUACGAGGAUUCAUCACUUAUUGGCAGAUUCUGCGGCUCUGUCUAUCCACCUAAUAUCACCACGACUCACAACCAUCUCCGAGUCCAUUUUUACUCCGAUUCGUCGGUCACUUAUCGCGGUUUCCGCAUGGCAUACGAUGCUACAAUCGACGGUUGCGGCGGAGACAUCGUCGCUUCUAUUGGAGAUCUUCACUCUCCAAACUAUCCAUUUGCAUACAACCACGCCGCCGACUGCUUGUAUCAUAUCACAACUUCUGCCGGAGCAAGAAUCAAUUUCAAUUUCAUCGAUUUCGAUUUAGAAGCAGCAAGCUGCAGAUACGAUUGGGUCCAGAUCUUUGACGGCCCUACGCAGGCGUACAAUCCGCUCAGCGAUCGUCUUUGUGGAACUGGACUACCGGAUCAACUCAUGUCAACUCAAAAUCAAGCAACUGUAGAAUUCCGAACAGAUGCCAGCGUCUCUGGACGAGGUUGGCGGCUUCACUUCGAUACGACUAACAACAAUACCAUUGGAUGGCCGUUUAAUGGUUACAUCGAGUCGCCAAACUAUCCCUUUGACUAUCCAGAUAAUACAACAUACGAGUGGAGAAUCUACGCGCCAGUUGGAGCCACAAUCACGUUAUAUUUCAACGCGUUCUCUAUUCACAACAUCGCAACAAUCGGCUACUGCUCUGGAGACAGAUUGGAGGUCUACGAAGGAGAUCAGCGAGAUAAUGACAGCAGAAUAGCAAUUCUUUGCGGCGCACAACAGCCACAAGCAAUCACUUCUACUGGCCAGUCACUUCUUUUACGAUUUAAGUCCAACGAGCUUUAUUCAUCAAGCGGAUUUAGAAUCAAUUACGUUAUCGACGCUUGCACCGAGGAGCGAUCGGCAGUAAACGGACCAGGAACCAUUCAAAUCAGUAAAAAUGAGCCAUCGCAAUGCUACUACAGGAUUUCUUCUGAACCAGGCACCAAGAUUCAAUUGCGUCUCACAGCCAUGCAGGUCGCUAAUACUGCUUGUGAAGCGUCUAGCCUCCGUGUCUACAAUGGCGAUUUGCCUGUUAGUGACUUUCAGCUCUUAGAAAUCUGUGGAAACCCAAGUCUGCCGAAACAAACUCAGAGUACUGGAUCUGAAAUGAUUGUCGUAUUUACGACAGAUUCUGGAAGUAACUCUAUGAGUGCUGUUUAUCAAUCUCUUGCUGGUGGAUGCGGUGCGCAUUACAUCAAAGAAGAGGGAACUUUCACAAGUCCUAACUAUCCAAAUACUUACCCGCACAAUUCUGACUGUGAAUGGCUGAUCGAUACAUCAGAAGGAAACACUGUCAAUCUCUACUUUACCGAUUUCCAUCUCGAAGGCUCUGGCUCUUUCUGCUACUUUGAUUACGUUCGAGUUUAUGAUGGUGCAAACAAUACUGCUCCUCUGUUGGGAACAUACUGUGGUAACUACAGUCCCGAACCAGUUCGAGGAACGAGCAAUGAAAUGUUUGUUCAUUUCCAAUCCGACUCAAGCAUCAGCUACGGAGGAUUUUCUGCUUCUUUCAACACAGAAACUUGUGGCGAAAUCGUACAAGCUGAUGAAGGGGCUGGCUCCAUUUCAUCAAGCAAUUAUCCCGACUUCUACGACUUCAAUACUGAGUGCAGAUGGACCAUCAAAACUGUAUCAACGGAAAAAAUCCUGCUUGUAUUUAGCCAUCUGGAUAUCUGGGUAGACACAUAUACAGGCAAUACGGACACGUGCCAGAGCGCUGAUUAUAUACAAAUUUAUGAAGGGCGAGAACCAGACAGCACAACACCUAAGUAUUGUGGUACCAGGAUUCCUCCUCGAUUCGAGUCUGCAGGCAACACAGUCCGUGUCUAUCUCAAUGCGAAGACCUCCCCGAACGGCCAACAGCGGCAUGGUUUUUAUGCUACAUACAGUACUGCUGUUGAUACUUGCGGCGGCGAGUUCUGGGCAGAAAGUGGAGCCUUUACCUCCCCGGGAUACAGUAGUGGGGCUUAUCCAGUUGGAACAACAUGCGAGUGGUUAUUGACAUCAUCUCCUGGUAAUUGGGUGGCCAUCAAUUUUGAUGAUUUUGAUCUGCAAGCACCCUCGAUAUCCGGAACUUGCUACGACUACGUCGAGCUCCGUGAAGACAGCUCAACUGGAAAACUCAUCAAUAAGUUUUGUGGCAGCAACCUUCCGGCUAAUGUGACAACUUACUCGUCACACGUGAUCUAUGUGAAAUUCUACAGUAACACCGCUACUGUUGGCCGCGGAUUCUCCGCUUCUUGGUCUCACAGCUACGGUGGCUCCCUUGUCGGCUCAGGAACUGGACAAAUUGCUAGCCCUCUUUAUCCGCACUCGUAUCCAGUCAAUCUCGAUGUGACUUGGACACUGUAUGUCCGCUACAAUCAUAUUAUUCAAUAUGAGUGGCUUGCGUUUGCUACAGAAGCAGGAAGUGGAACUUGUGUGAAUGAUUACGUCAUUCUUUAUGAUGGCCCAGAUCGUUCAGCGAGCCAAAUAGGACGAUACUGUGGACAAGAAAUUCCCGAAAAUGGCGUUACAGAGACGGACACUCUUACAAUUUACUUCAAGAGUGAUGCUUACUUUACUGAUAGUGGAUGGUGGAUCAACUGGACCGACGCUGCGACAGGACACAUUCCUGAUGAUGCUGAUCCACCAGAGCUAGAACCUAAUACUUGUGGAAACGACUAUGUAAUUGCUCCUGACCAUCCGAUGCCAUUGAUCAUGAAUUACUCUCCUAAUAAAUACCCUGCUGGCAUGGACUGCUAUUGGAAUUUGUAUGCAACGAAAGGCUCGCGAAUUCUUUUCACUGUUACUUAUCUCGACUUGGAAGGCACAACAGGCAGUUCCUGUUAUUUCGAUUACAUUCAGCUCUUCGAUGGGCCGAGCAACAGCUAUCCUGAGAUUACCAAGAUUUGCGGUCGAACGACGAGUCUACUCCCGAUCAAGGCUUCUUCAACUUCAGAUAUGAUGACAGUUAGAUUCCGCACCGAUAGUUCGAUAAACUACCAAGGAUUUAAUGCGACAUACGAGCGAAUGUGUGGUGGAACGAAAAAUGCUCGCUCUGGAACAAUCAUGUCACAAAACUAUCCAAACGGCUAUCCGGAUAACACGGACUGUGAGUGGCUUAUCGAAGUUACUAAUGGACUCACUGUUGACGUCAACUUCAACAGCGUCUUCAACAUUGACUCUGGAAACUUGGCCUGCAACGAGUCUGCUGACUACUUAGAGCUGCGAAACGGAGCUGACGACGAUGCUCCUCCUCUUUCGCCUUCAACACGAAAUUCGGGCGACGCAGAUGCGUAUUUCUGCGGUAGUACCGCGCCAGUUGCAAUGUCAAGCAGCGGUAACCAGAUUAAAGUUCGUUUCAUUUCCGACGCAAACCACACUUCUGAUACAACAACAUAUGCUGGUUUCCAAAUGUCCUGGAAUGCUGUCGGAACCGGUUGCGGCGGAGAAUACGAAAUCACAGACGAAUCGCCAACAGGCUGGUUCACCACGCCCAAUUAUCCGGACAACUACGACCUUAAUGAUUUCUGUAUUUGGACAAUCAGAGCCGGUUAUGGAAAACAAAUUCAACUCGAUUUCAGUGGCGAUUUCGAUAUUGAGGACAACUCAGCUUGCGUCUUUGACUAUGUGAAAAUCUACGAUGAUGAGUUUAAUCACGACGAACCGACACUUGGAACAUACUGUGGUACAAACCACCCAGAUACUGUCAGAUCGCUUGGAAACGUAAUGGUUGUCAAGUUCCGCUCAGACGUCAGUAUCACGGGACGAGGAUUCAACGCGACAUAUUCUUCACCAAGAUGUGGUGGAAUGUAUACUGGCAUGGGCGGAAUAAUUUCUUACGAUGACUACCCUGAUCCUUACCCUUCGGACGCGUUCGACUGCGAGUACGUUCUUCGAGCGCCUCUCUACCACAAUGUCCAGGCCAGUUUCUCAGGAGAAUUUUCCGUUCCUGGCAGCAUGUUUGCCCAGUGCAAUGGCGGGGACUACGUUGAGUUCCGUGACUAUCGAGACGCUGGGUUCUUCUACGUGAGAAAUCCUGACUCAAACUUAGUUGUUACUAUCAAUUCGGCGGUUAAUUCUGACAAUGUAGAGGCAAAUACACAUCAAGGACUUUACUCACAGCUCUGGCUCUGGGAUUUCGACCACAUUGUUUCAGUUUACGAUAACACGAAAGUUCUAGCUGCUGAUGGCGCCAACCCUGAUGCAAAUACAAACGUCCACGUUGAGUCAUUCACAGGAGCAGAUUAUCAACGAUGGGAAAGAACAAGCGAUGGAAAACUGCUGAACAAAAACUCCACCAAUCUUGUUCUGACCAUUCUCGGCAGUGGUAAUGCAGGUUCGACCUUGGGACUGAGAGCAAAUGCCUCAAACAGCGUCAAUCAAGUAUGGGAAUUCGAACACACUUACAUCGGUAGAAGACUGGGCAUUUUCUGUGGAAACAACAUUCCAGCUGCGACGAUUUCCUCUGCCGAGCGGGCGAUGAUUGUUCGACAUCACUCUGAAAACGGGAACUCCGGUCGCUGGCAAGUCACUUGGGAAGCUUCGGAGGAUAUCUGCGGCGGGCCAACAACCGGCAGCAGUGGUAUUAUUGCCUCUCCAAAUUUCCCGAAUCAGCCGGAUUCAAAUCGUGGCUGUACGUGGAUGAUAACUGUCAACAGUGAUCGCUCCGUGAAACUGCAGUUUAUGGACGUUAAUCUUGGAAUUAUGUCCUGUUAUUAUGAUUAUGUCAAGGUUUACAACGGUAUUCGGGAUCAAUCGCCUCUUUUCUGGGAUGGAACUAUCUGUCAAAAUCGUCUUCCUACUCACCCGUUCAUAUCUACUGGAAAUACAAUGAAAGUCGAGUUCGAAGCCAGUGGCUUUGGCUAUAACGCUGGCUUCCGCGCUAACUAUACGUCUGACGAGCCUCGUUUCUGCGGAGGAGAGCUCAAUAUCGCCAACACUACAGAUAUCGGCUACAUUGUUAACCCCGGCUAUCCGGAUGAAUAUCCCAACAAUACCGAGUGCGAAUGGUUGAUCAGCACAGCCGCGAGAGCAAAUCAAACCAUUUACUUCGAAUUUAUUGAGCUCGAUCUGGAGGACCACGCGACAUGCGAGUACGAUAGAAUUGAGUUCAGUGCUCCUUUAAUUGACUCUCUUGCUGUUUACAAUACCGUCUGCGGGCGUCGCCGACCUCUACCGUAUUUCGCUCUGCCGACAACCUCCGUCGACGUGGUUUUCCAAUCAGAUGAUUUAGGCCACGGUACAUUCAACAUGUCCUACGGUAUCAAGCCUUGCGGUGGUUAUAUUUCUGGAUCUACUCAAGGAACUAUUUGGUCGCCCAACUAUCCCGACACAUACAACCAUGACGAUUACUGCGUGUGGCUUAUCGAAGCAGAGCCAGGUCAUUCCAUUUCCGUUCAAUUCGAUCUUAACUCAUUUGAUGUCGAGCAAGGCGGCAGCGAUUGUCGCUUUGAUGCCGUGUCUCUCUACAACGGUCCCAGCAUCAAGUCACCAGAGAUUGGUCGCUACUGCAACAACACCAUGCCUCCAUCAACAGCUGUUCAUACAAGCUCCAACUAUCUAACGAUUCUAUUUACGUCAGACUUUUCAAUCUCUCACGGCGGCUUCGUCAUCAACUGGGAAACAGACAACUCAGGCUGUGGAAACCAAUUGAUUCAUAGCGAAUAUGGCUCACUUCAAAGUCCGAACUAUCCAAACACCUAUCCUGCUAACUCGAACUGCUUCUGGACGAUCUUCACCAAUCCAUCAGACCAUGUUAAAUUUACCUUCACGACAUUCGACCUCGAAGGAAGUAUGCCAUCUUGCUCCUGGGACUAUGUCACUUUCCACAGCGGUGACUCUCUCGAUGCACCAAUGAUAGGAGGACGUAUUUGCGGUAGUGCAACGCCCGAACCCAUUGAAUCUUCACAGGAUAAACUGUUUAUUCGAUUUAGAACGGAUGGCUCUGUACAGAAGAACGGCUUUGCUGGAAAUUGGGAAACGGUAUGCGGACAAACAAUCGAAUCUACCGGAGAACCUGGCGAGUCGGGCAUGAUCCUGUCACCGAAUUACCCAGUUGAUUAUCCCAACAAUUAUGACUGCGAAUGGAAGCUUGUUGGUUCCGACACAUCCGAUUUCGUACGCGCUCAUUUUGUUGCCUUUGAUCUUGAAGGUGGCAGCUCCUGCCAAUACGAUUCCGUCAGCGUGUACAGAGGCGAUCAGAAGGUAUCUUCUCAGCUUCUUGGAAAAUACUGCGGUACCGAGAUUCCUCCUUCGCAAUCGGUUCAUGGAACUAUGCUCAUCAAUUUCGUCUCUGAUUUUAUCAUCACCAGCACUGGUUUCCGAAUCGACUACGACUUCGAGUCUUGUGGCGGCACAAGAUCAGCUCCCAGUGGCGAGAUCAACGGACACACGCCGACUGACAACUGGAACGAGCACAGAAAUCUCAACUGCACUUGGACGAUUGAAGUCGAUGAAGACAAAAUCGUUGAGCUUCGUUUCACACUCUUCGACAUCGAGUUCGAUACAAAUUGUAACAAUGAUUAUAUUGCGAUUUACGACGGACCAAGUAAGGUCGGUUAUCAGAUGAUCGGAAAGUACUGUGGAAGUGUUCCUCCUGCUUUUGUGAGAAGUACAAGCAGAUAUAUGACUCUUGAAUAUGUCACUGAUUUUUAUGAAACAAAGGAUGGUUUUAUUGCUGAAUGGCGACAAACGAUCGGCCCCCUUUCUGGCUGUGGUGGAGAACUCACUACUAACACUGGUAGUUUCUCAAGUCCGGCCGAAAAUCCAGGGGAUAAUUACGAAAAUAAUCUCAACUGCAACUGGAGAAUCUCGGUUAGCGACAACAAAAUCAUUCAGCUGGAGUUCAGUGACUUUGUUUUGGAAAACCAUUCUUCUGGAGGCGGGUGCUACGAUUACGUUGAAGUCAUUGACGGACAACUACUCACAGAUCACGUGAUUUACAGACAAUGUGGCAAUCAGACAAAUAUCGGUGUUAUAAGAUCGUCAGCUAACUUCAUGAUUGUACGAUUUAAAACUGACGCUUCAAUAACAGCUGCCGGAUUCAACGCUUCUUAUACCGUUGCAGAUCGUGACUGCGGUGCAACCUUCAUUGCCAACUCUACUCUUACCGGAUUUGGCUACGAUUUCACUGGAAUAGCGGGUAACUCGCAGAUCUACCGCUGCAGCUGGAUCAUCUCGGCCUCAAGUGACACUCGUUUUGUUGACAUGAGGACCCUUUCUCUCGAUGUUCCCGGCUCUAGCGAUUCAAGAUGUGCGGAUGGAUAUGUCGAGUACCGCGAUGUCGGACUUUCCUCCCAAUAUGGCCAAGUGCUGCGAUACUGUAAUGCCGAUGGAGGCACUGUGCCACCCGAGUUCUUUUCGCUCUCCGAAACAAUGUCCAUCACUUUGAGAAACGCGAGGAACCAAAAUUCUUCCUUCACCGCUCAAUUCUCAGAUGCCGACUGCUCACGAACCUACACCGCAAUGAACGGACGCAUCUUUUCCGCCGGAUGGCCUCACCACUACGCGCAAUAUUUGAACUGCCAGAUCAGGAUUCAAGUGCCAGAAGGAAACAAGAUUCAAUUGUACUUCAACGAAUUCGACGUCGAAGAUGCUGAGGACUGCAAUAUGGACACGUGUGACCACCUAGAUGUCUACAAUUCCACGACUAUCCAGUCUAACAACUUCAUCGGUCGCUACCACGGCAAUCGCUUACCCUCUCCAAUCUUCCCCAACACGAACAACGUUCUCCUCCACUUCGUCUCUGAUCAGCUCGUUUCUGGACGCGGUUUCGAUAUUUCUUACGCGGCCAAUAUCCAGGGCUGCGGUGGAAACCUUACAGGCACUCAUGGCAACGUCUAUUUGACUGGCUAUCCAACUGAUCCGUAUCCAGCGAACCAGGUCUGCAUCUGGCACAUUACAGUUCCGCAGAACAGACAGGUCACGAUUCACUUUAGAAAUAUCAACGUCAGGUACAACAUCGAGAGCAACUCUUGCUACAAUGACUACGUCGCCGCCUACGAAGGAAUCACAGACACUGGCCCUUGGCUACGCGCUUACUGUGGGAGAGGAAGUGUCUCCGAUGUUUCAGCUCAAUCAAAUCAAAUGACGCUGGUCUGGCGCGCCGGGGACUCAUCGGACUCAGAUCGAGCUGGCUUUACGGGUUGGUGGAUCGAGUGGGAGUCUUAG